GUCGCUCUACGCCGAACGGACGUAGCUGAAAAUGUGCUGGAUUGUACAAAAAACACAUUUCUUCACACUCAUCCAAUAAAAACUGUGAACACCAAGUGUAUAGUGAUAUUUAGUGACGAGUUAGUGCGUUAAGUGCGACGCCCUAAGUGUAAAGUGAAACGGUAAGAAAGCUGCAAUAUGUAAAUAUGAUGUGGCUGUGUGCGACAAAGACGAAUAGAUGCUGAGACAUGGCGUCGUGGCUACUACUGGCGGCCAUCUUUGGGGCUGCCCAUGCGCAGAGUAACAGAAAUGACGGUCCAAGGUUCGUCUCCCGAGGUCACUCGUUCAGGACAGUAGUGGGAGACACGCUGCUGCUGCCGUGCCAGGUGCAGAACUUGGGUUCUCUCGUGUUGCUAUGGCGACGGGGUCCAGCUGUUCUCACUGCAGCCAGCCUCAUGGUAACCAGGGACGAACGCUUCCGAUUGGUGGAUGGAUAUAACCUGCAAAUCACAGACGUUGGACCACAGGACGCUGGCGACUAUGUAUGCCAGAUAUCGGACCGCGUGGCGCGCGACCAAGUGCACACCGUGGAAGUGCUGGUGCCGCCGAGCGUCCGCCCCUCGCCGGAGUCGAGGCACGCGGCGGCGCGCCGCGGCGGCGCCGCCGUGCUGGAGUGCAGGGCCUCCGGGAACCCGGUGCCCACUGUCACGUGGCAUAAGUUGAACGAGACCAGCACACGUCUCGGGGAGGGGCCCCAGCUGCAGCUGUCUCGCUUGGAGAGGCAGCACAGCGGCAAGUACGCGUGCACAGUGGACAACGGCGUGGGGCCUCCCAUCGUUACUGAGUUCCAAUUGCAAGUCCUAUUUCCGCCAGAGAUAACAGUGGAGAGGUCGUGGGUUCACACGGGCGAAGGCUUUCGCGCUGAACUACUGUGCACAGUGCUGGCUGACCCGCCGGCUGAGGUGCUGUGGUAUCAAAACUCUUUUCCGCUGACCGCAACGGACAGGGUCACGAUGUCGGUGCGAGGGUACAAUCACACAUUGCUGAUCGCGAAUGUGCAGCCGGAGGAUUUCGGUAAUUACACGUGCGUGGCGGACAACAGCCUGGGCCGCGCGCGGCAGCACGUGGAGGUGUCGGGGCGGCCCGGGCCGGCGCGCUUCACGUCGCCGCCGCUGGCGCGCGCCGCGCACGCCUACGCGCUCGCCUUCGCCGUCGACAGCUACCCGCCGCUCGACGAGCUGCGCCUGCUCUACCGCCAGCUCGCCAUAAACGAGUCGUUCCAACAACCGGGCCGCUGGCACGACGUGGUGAUCCCGGCGCCCGAGCCGACCGGCUCGCUCACGCACCGCGUCACGCACGAGCUGCGCGCGCUGGAGGCUGGCGCCGUCUACGAGGCCAUAGUGCAGGCGAAGAACCGAUAUGGGUGGAACGAGGUGAGCGACAUUUUCCAAUUCCACACACUCGGCGGAACUCACACGGCGCACGCGGACGAGCUAACACCCAUGUUCUCAUCGGCGGCCGAGCACCGACUGACGCGAUGCCUCCUCAUCGCCGCGUAUUCCUUUUUCAAAUUUGGAUGACUAGCGAUAGACAACUAGUUCCAAAUUUAAAUUCUGACGUUCCGUUACGUUCGUUGUCCGCUGUCUCUGUCGUUUGAGAUGCUGGCAACUUUUUAUACCUGAAUGUAAUUGAUUACUUUUGAUAGUUUUUUUUUUUUCGUAUUUUCGCGGUAAGUGUACAUUUUGUUUCUUAACUAAGGAUAUUCUAGUGAUAACUUCGGUUAGAUGGAUAUAGUUUAAACGUAAAUGUCAUGGGAUAAAAAUAAAUUAAACACUCGAAUACCAGACGAUUACUUAAAUACUAAGGGAGUUUUUGAUAAACUGUUUUCAUUUAUUAUAUUUACCUUACGUUUGACUGAAAUCCCUACAGUUUAUAAACAAUAUAUUCUUAACAAUAAUAAUAAAACUACAAACCUAGGCAUAUAACCUAACUUAAUAGUGAAAUUUUGCAUGUGUUUUUAGUUCAUACCACUAAUUAUAAUUGAAAUAAUGUGGCCUACGUAGUAUUUAGCGCUGAUACCAAAAUGUAAUUUCACACGUGCGAUAACUACAUUACAAGAUAAUUUCGGCUACAGUAUCAAAUAUGUAGCGUGUGUGAGAAUACCCUAAUAAGACCACUAUAUCCAUUUAACAUUAUCUUGAAAUACGUCGUGAAACGAUAAUUAUAUAACACCAAAGUAUUUAGGUAGGUUUUCAAUGUCUGCCAUGUUUAAUUUGUUUUUCUUAUAUAAAAAACAAACUUCUCGUACGAGAAAAAGAAAUGAAUUAAACAUGGCAAACGUCUAUUAUCAUUAUUUUUCUAAGUGUUGUGUCUUAGCUUGAAUCAGUUUAAUUAGAUCGAAAUGUGUUGUAAGAACGUAUUUAUUUGUUAGUUAUAUUAUUUGGGUAUAAAAUUGCGAGUUUAUAAUAAUUUAGUAUCGCUAAUAUAGUUGAUUUCCAUAUAAGUUGAUAGCUUCAACGUUAUAUAAAAGGAAUAGCAGUGGUCCCAGCAUAGAUCCUAGAACGACCCCCUAAGACUUUCAUAUGUUUUUGUACCCUUUAAUUUCUAGCGUUUAGAUUAUUUAAAACAUUUCUAAUGCUAAGUAAUAUAAUGGAUAAGAAUCCUUUUUUCUAAUGACGUCGCAUCCAUAUAAAUGAAUUUAUAAUAUCUAGAUAUACUUAAUGUAAGCAAUAAACAGUGUUAGUGAUAAUGCUAUUUAGAUUUUAAUCUUUUGCAAAAUCUUUUUGUAAAUAUUAUAAAUCUUUCGAAUUUUCAACAGCUGGAAUGCACGAGCGAUAUAUGACUUGAAUUUGUUGUUAUUAGGAUUACAUAGACUUUUAAAAUAACAAAAAUGUCUAUCUAAUACAUAUUUCAAACAAGGAACAAAACAUAACAUAUUUAAAACGAAAGAACGAGGUAUUUAGACCUACAUAAAUUAAGUAUAAACA